AUGUCUGACCUACCCUAUACUGCACCGCGUCCAACCAUCAAGAACAAAUUGGAUGAUGUUCGAACAGAUUUUCCACGAUACAUUACGGAAUACUUCUUGUCUUUAUUCCCAAUCGUUACAUGGAUUCGUCGUUAUAACUUGACAUGGUUGCUUGGAGACAUCAUUGCUGGGCUUACAGUUGGGGCAGUAGUCAUUCCUCAGGGAAUGGCUUAUGCGAAAGUUGCCGGACUUCCUCCGGAAUAUGGUCUCUACUCAUCGUUUGUCGGUGUAUCCAUCUAUUUAUUCUUUGCCACAUCAAAGGAUAUUACAAUUGGACCAACUGCUGUGAUGUCUCUAGUUCUAGGUCAGGCAAUUGCUAGCAUCGGCACUGCGAACUAUAGUGCUUCAGAGAUUGCAUCGGCGUUCGCUCUCAUAUCUGGUGUCUUUGCGCUCGCCCUUGGUUUAGCACGACUUGGCAUUAUCGUAAAAUUAAUUUCUGCUCCCGUUAUUGCUGGGUUCUGUACUGGUUCUGCGAUUACCAUAAGCAUUGGACAGAUCGCACCUUUAUUCGGUAUAACCGGUAUUGACAAUAAGAAGCAAGCAUUCCUUGUACUCGGAAGAACUCUUGGUGCCCUGAAGCGUACGAAAAUAGAUGUCGUCAUCGGCGUACUUACGCUCUUAUAUCUUUAUGCGUUGAAAUUUGGGACUGCCCACCUAUCCAAGAAAUUUCCGAGACGCAAGCGAUUCUUAUUUUUCGUGAACAUUUUGAGAAACUUCACUGCUGUCUUCAUCGCCACGAUUAUUUCCUGGCUCAUAAAUAAGAAUAAAAAGACCCCUGCAUUUGCUAUCUUGAAGACGGUGCCGUCUGGGUUCAAUCAUAUGGGAGUACCCACAAUGACUUCCGAACUCUUCUCCGAGAUCGCUGACCAUCUUCCAAUAGUUACUCUCAUUCUACUCUUGGAACAUGUUGCCAUUGCCAAAAGUUUUGGUCGUAUAAAUGACUACAAGAUAAAUCCAAGUCAAGAAUUUAUCGCCAUCGGAGUCACAAACGUUCUUGGUUCAUUUUUCGGUGCUUACCCGGCCACCGGUUCCUUCUCACGCACAGCAAUCAAAUCCGCGUCUGGUGUGCGCACGCCACUUGCAGGCAUCUUUUCUGGUAUCUUAGUCGUCCUCGCCUUGUAUGCCUUGACUCCCGCCUUUUAUUACAUCCCAAGCGCGGGACUCUCUGCUGUCAUUGUACAUGCCGUGCUUGACUUGAUAUCAUCGCCAACUUACGUAAAGCAUAUAUAUACUAUUCAAUUUUGGGACUUUUUCGUUUUCGUUUGCAGUGUUGUUUUUACAUUUUUCUUCACCAUCGAGAUUGGUAUCUAUGUAUCUUCUGGGUUGUCACUUCUUAUCCUCAUGUUACGUGUUGCUCGUCCUCGAAUCGAUGAACUCGGUCGUCUUGUUCUUGGCAAAUCGGCGGAUGGUGUAUCACCCCGCUAUGUUUAUGUUCCUCUCGACCAUCCAUCGUUCACAACAACCACACCACCACCAGAAGGCGUUCUUAUAGUUCGAUUGGAUGAAUCGCUUGUAUAUACAAAUGCCAACAAUAUUGAUGACGAAAUUGUUGAACUCGCUAAGAAACGUACUCGUAAAUUCCAGAAGUAUGCCGAGAAGGCUGGUGAUAGACCUUGGAAUGAUGCAGGGGGAAAGGACGAUGCAGAAAAUGUCAAGAAACCUCGAUUAAAGGCUCUCGUGUUUGACUUCUCUGCCGUGAGUGUCAUUGACUCAACUGGCGUACAAAGUUUGAUAGAUAUAAGGAAGGAACUCAACAAGUAUUCAGCUCACAAUGUCGAGUAUCACUUUGCUAAUAUCUUGGAUGAGCAGAUACAGAGUGCUCUCGUAACUGCCGGAUUUGACAAACAAUCUGACGAAGACAUGGAUGACACAACAGGUGCUGAAAUUGGUCUGACUCCCGAGCCCAGAGUGGAUGAAGAGAACCAGAUUUCUCAGACUGAAAAGUCUACGACAACAAAUACAACGGGAAAGAGAUUCUUCCAUUUGUCUUUAGAGGAAGCCAUUCAAGCUGCUGCUGACGGUUGGGAAUGA